UCACACAACACAACACAAUCGUGUCCAACAACAGGGGAAAGUGACCCUUAAACGAACGAACAAACAAACAAACAGACAAAUCCAUAUAUCAUCUUUUAGAUUUCAAUUUUGUCAACCAAAAUAAUCUCUAAAGGAUUCUCCAUCAGAUCCUCUUCAAUCCUCACUGGGUCUGGGUGUACCUUAUUAUAUUCCUCAAAUAAGCUUUCUUUUUUCCUUUUCUCUAUCUGGGUCCUCACCUUCUUCACAACUAUCUAUAUUUAUAGCUGGCUAGUCUAUGAGAUUCCUGAUUCGUUCUCAUUGUGAAAGAAAAUUGGAUCCGUGUUGACUCAAAUUCAUGUCAAAUUCCUCAUUCGAGGUCUAUGGCUAUGGCGGUUGCACCAGUUGAGAGUAUGGAAUCAUUGAGCAGCGAUCUCUUCUAUGACAUAUUAAGGCGUCUUGAUGGUCCAACUUUGGCAAGUGCAGCUUGUUCUUGUGCAGCGUUCUGUUCCAUAUCAAAAGAAGAAAAAUUAUGGGAAAAUGUGUGCUCUUCUAUGUGGCCUUCAACCAAUAGGGAAGAUGUCAAAAGUUUAAUAUCAUCCAUUGGUGGAUUCAGAAAGUUCUAUGCAGAUUGUUUUCCCCUCAUUGUAAACAAAGAAGUUACUGAGCACCAAUGGAACAGCUAUCCCGAGUACCCUGAAGAAUGGACUGAGGCUGAAUACUAUGGUGACAUGGAUGAAUUUGAAAGUAUUUCGCCAUCAGAUUUUGUUUCCAUUGUGGAUAUUAGAUAUAAAGAUAAAACAAUAUGCUCAAAAGUCCUUUGGGGCAUUCCAAAUGCAAAUGGCUUUGAUGGUUGGUUCUACAACUGCCCAUUUCGGAUUGAUCUUCUAACUUAUGCAGCUAGAGAUGAUGAGAAUGACGGUGAGGUUACACUUUCAGUAUCUGAUGGUCUGCCACCAAUUGCAUCUAUGGAAAGAGAACGAAAAGAUGGAAAGCUAUGGCAGGAGCUUCGUGAUGGACUCCGGCUUAGCUGGAUUGUUGUAAAUAGAAAAAUAAAGCAAGCUGCUAAUCUUGCUAGCUGGAGUCCUCUUGGUGGGCAAAGGCACUGGCCAACAGAAAAGGAUUUUGUGUUGCACUUUGGAUCUGUCCUUCCUGCGAAAGACAUUCUUCCAUGUCAAGUGGUGGAAUGCAUCCUUAGUAUGAAAUUCAGAGUGAUCCAUACUGAGGGAGAGGACGUUCAGACAACUCUCAAAUUAACCGAGCUGAGCAUGCAGUUGGAAGACAUGGAAGGUUCUCAUGUUAAUGGAAGAAACAGUUUGCUUAUCCUGAAGAAAGCACUGAGCUGCCGUAGGAGCAAAAAUUACAGUGAAGUCCUCGAGUCUUGUCAUUUGUACUCAAAAGUGCAGAGUGAGUUAAAGGAGGAGAAGAUGAGAAUUGAAAGCAGGUUAGACAGAAUUUUUAUCCUGGGUGGCAUUUCUGUAUUUGUAAUGUUCUGGUACAUCAUCUUAUAAAACAGAAAAGCCUCCAUAUUAACACUGUUAGCUGAGAGUGCUCUAACAGACUUUCAAUCUUUGUAACUCUUCUGAUGUAAAUAUUCAAUUUUGCUUCAUGGAUACUGGAUUGGUCAUUUCAUAUC